GUUUAGAGUGGUGGACAUAUAAAAGACUUCUACUCAUAGAGUCUCCUCAUUUCCAUUUUCUGCCUGAUAAUAAGAGAACAAGGAUAUCUGAAGUUUGUCCAAGAUGUCCUCCCUGCAAAACCAGCAGAAAUGCCAGCUCUCUGCUAAGUGUCCACCCAAGUGCCCUCUUCGAGGUCCCCAGUCUCCUGCCUCCUGUCUCCCUCCCAGUGCCCCUCCGGCUCCCUCCUGCUGUGUUUCCACCUGCUUUAUUUCUGGCCUUGGAAGCAGCCUCUCUUUGGUAUCACACCGAUUUCCUCGAUUCUACCUUCGGCAGCCUCAGUGUUCUGAGUGCCCUGAGAAUGGAUUUGCAGGGUGUUCGAGCUCUUGUCCUAGUUCUGGACACUGUAGCUGACCUGCAAUCUCUGAGGAACCAAAGAGCCACAGACUAAGACCAGCCUUGAACCAAUGCUGUUCCUCACUUAGCCUUCCUUACUCUCCUCCUGAACUAGUUGCAUGGGUGAUGGGAUUCUUUCUUUGUUAAGAUUAGGCCUCUUGGCAUUGGCUCUGGUACUAGGCAAAGAAGAACUGAAGGUGAAAGAAAAUUGUUUCCCAAAGCCUUAUCAGUGUACAGAA